AUGGGAGAACCAAAAAAAUCUGCCAGCCUUUCAGACUGUGGAAUUAAUGAUCAAACAUGGAACGUGGUCAUUCCUAUUCUGUACUUCCUGCUCUUUCCUGCUGCUCUUCUCCUGAAUGUUGUGGUAGCUUGGAUUUGUUCACUCAUGAAAUCCAAUUCCAGUUUCAUGGUGUAUCUGAAGAACUUGGUGACGGCCGACCUCCUGAUGACGUUGACUCUUCCUAUCCAAGCUGCCAGCAUGCUUCCUAAAGCCUCUUCAGGACUGCAGGCUUUUGCCUGCCGAUUUUCAAGUGUCUUCUUUUACACGGCCAUGAACAUGAGCACCAUCCUGAUGGGUCUGAUCAGCCUCGACCGCUUCCUGAAGAUUGUGAUGCCAGGCAGAAGGUUCCCUUGUCAGAGCCUGCUUUUCAGCAAAGUCCUAACAGUCGUGGUUUGGAUGUUGUUGAUUGGGAGUACUGCCUUACCAAUCAUUAUCACAACAGACCAAGAUCCUGCAAACAAGAGCAAUGAGUUUUGCAUGAACAUGAAAAGUGUUUUAGGAGUUUCUUGGCAUGAUGGAGCCGUCAAAAUUACUGAGGUAAUUUUUUGGGUGGUGUGCAUUUUAAUUGUGUUUUGCUACGUGUGCAUCACCAAGAAAGUUUUGGAGUCCUAUCACAAAUCACGCAGCAGCAACAGUCAGAAAAAGAGUCAAACCAAAGCUCGGGUUUUUUUAAUACUUGCCAUUUUUUUUAUCUGCUAUGUACCUUACCACAGCGUCCGAAUACCUUACACCAAACUACAGGUUAAAAUCAAUCCCGGUUGUUUGAAGGCCAAACUUAGAAUUGUUAAGAACCUCACGCUCUGGCUCUCAGCUACAAACGUUUGUCUGGACCCUCUGAUUUACUUUUUCCUUUGCAAGGCACUCAGGCAAAAGUUUUUGGAAUCACGUAUUUUUAAAUGGUUUCCUCCAAUUACUGGUAGAAAUUCAGAAAUGACUUCAGGUACUUCUAUGUAG